AUGGAUGAUGUUGUUUGGCAAGUAAUUAACCAAAAUUUUUGCUCUUAUAAAAUAAAAACAAACACACAAAACUUUUGUAGAAAUGAAUACAAUGUAACUGGAAUGUGUAAUCGCCAAUCCUGUCCUCUUGCAAAUUCACAAUAUGCCACUAUUAAAGAAAAGAAUGGCAUUCUUUAUUUAUAUAUAAAGACAAUAGAAAGAUCACAUAUGCCAUCAAAAACAUGGGAAAAACAUAAACACAUAAUUGACGAAAAACUUUUAUACUGGUCAAAUUUUCUUAUAUACAAAAACAAAGCACGAUUAACAAAACUUACGCAAUAUCUAAUCAAAAGCAAAAGACUUUCUCUUAAGAAACAAACAAAACUUGUUGGAAUCAAACCAAAACAGACCCAACGUGAAGCAACCCGUGAAAAAAAAGCAUUACAAAUAGCAAAACUAGAAAAAUCUAUACAAAAAGAGCUAUUAGAAAGACUUAAAAACGGGAUAUAUGGAAAAAAGCCACUCAAUGUUGAACCCGAAGUCUGGAAAAAAGUCUCAGAAUCACAUAAAAACCAAAAAAAAAAUGAAAGUCAAUCCGAAUAUGAAAAUAGUGAAGAACAAAUAGAAUUUCUUAGUGAUACCAGCGAAGAAAGUGACUUAGAAGAAUGGUCUGAAAAAUAUAAAUUUAAAAAAAAUAGUAUUAUUAACAAAUCUGAUGUAUCAAGUAAUCACGAAAGUGAAAGCGAUAUCGAUAGAAGGGAUAUCAACGAACAAGAGAUAGAAAAUAUUUUCCAAAAAAAAAGAAAACACGGAAAUAAAAAAUUAGAAUCCAAAAAAAGCAAAUCAUAUAUUGAAUUGGAAUAUGAGCAAGAAAACCAAUUAGUAGAUGAAAAAACAUAA